AUGAAGGCCUUGUAUGGUCAGCAGAAUUCCCCUGGAGAGGAAAUUACAUUUGUCUUCCAGGCAAGAGAAAACCUUCCUCCUACAAGAGACAAUGAUGUGAAAGUACAAGUCAGAGCCUGUGCACUGAGCUGGAUAGAUACAAAGCUUCUGUCAGAAAUUAAACUGGAGAGGGAGCUUCUACCUGUUGGGAGGGAGAUUUCUGGAGUUGUAUUGGAAGUUGGAAGAAACGUGACCUUUUUUCAGCCAGAUGAUGAAGUGGUGGGAAUUUUGCCCUUGGAUUCUGAAGAGUCUGGUCUUUGUGAAGUUAUUCUAGUUCAUGAGCAUUAUUUGGUUCGUAAACCAGAAAAAGUUUGUUGGGUUGAAGCAGCUGGGACCGUCCGUGAUGGUGUUCAAGCAUACACAGCUUUACACUACCUUUCCCAAGUCUCUCCUGGAAAAACUGUCCUUGUAAUGGAUGGAGCAAGUCCAUUUGGUACAAUAGCUAUUCAGUUAGCACAACACAGAGGAGCUAAAGUAAUCUCUACUGCAUACAGUCUUGAAGAUAAGCAGUACCUGGAGAGGCUUAGACCUCCUGUGGCUCGUGUGAUAGAUGUGUCAAAUGGCAAGAUUGAUGUAGCAGAGAGCUGCUUGGAAGAGACAGGUGGCCUGGGAGUGGAUAUUGUUCUAGAUGCUGGAGUGAAAUUAUACAGUGCUGAAGAUGAAUCAACUUCAAAAUCACAGUUGCUGCCUCAUAAGCAUGAUAUCAUAACUCUUCUUGGUGUUGGGGGACACUGGAUAACAACAGAAAAAAAUCUUCAGCUGGAUCCUCCAGAUAGCCAUUCCUUAUUUCUUAAAGGAGCCACUGUGUCCUUUCUGAAUGAUGAGAUAUGGAACUUGUCCAAUGUACAGCAAGGGAAGUAUCUCUCCAUCUUAGAAGAUAUAAUGGAGAAAUUAUCAAGUAGCAUAUUCAGGCCUCAGCUGGAUGAACCGAUCCCAUUGUAUGAAGCCAAAGUUUCUAUGGAAAUAGUUCAGAAGAAUCAAGCAAGAAAAAGACAAGUCAUACAGUUCUGACACACAAUUUCCUGAUUUUUAAGCCUGUGGAAGAUAAAGAAACGUAAUGUAUUUGAGAAGUA